AUGAGAAGACAGGAGAUAAAUUAUGGAGAACUUGUAGUUUUGGGCACAGAUGGAGAACUGCCUGGAGGCAAUAAGGGAAGAAGAAGAAGUAGAUAUACUCUUCGUCGUCGUCCAAAACCGAACGGAGUAACACCAACAGGCCAACAAACCUUCGACUUGUCCUGCACGAGCCCACAGCUCAUCAAUCAAAGUCAGUUGAGAAAUCAUACUGUCACGUACACGCUAAAUAGACAGACCCAAGUCGUCGUCAAAUACGAACACGAUGAAACAAAAGAUUUGUUCCAAAUUGGCAGAUCGACAGACCCACCGAUCGACAUGGUUUUGAUUGACAUUCAACCUGGCGCCUCGGCCAAAGCCGGAUCAAGAACUGUCCUCCCGGAGCAAUCAACAAUUUCGAGGUUUUCAUGCCGUAUUGUUUGUGAUAGGGAGCCUCCAUAUGUCGCUAGAAUUUACGCAGCCGGCUUCGACUCGAAGAAUAGGAUAUUCCUCGGCGAAAAGGCCCCAAAAUGGGACAUGAACGGGACAAUGGAUGGCCUAACUACAAACGGCGUCCUAAUCCACCACAUUGACGACCAAAAUCUCACUUGGCGCGAAUUAUCAGUUGGCGGUUCCGUCUUCUCCCUCAGGGAAACUCGAAGUGACCAGAAACGUGGCGAGUUCUGCCCCGAGUUCGACAACGUCCUCAGGGAUGGGACGCUAAUUGACCUCUGCGGGGUGACCUUACUGUGGCGAUCGGAGAAAUCUGUAUUGAAUAUGCCAAAAGAUCAAGAUAUAGAUAACGCUCUUGAUCGUCUGAACAGCAUUCGAGUCCAGUGUCCCGUCGGCUUGUCGACGCUCAAGUUUUCCGGGCACAAGACGAACGAUCAGCGCCAGCCCUACUGCUACAUGAAAUGUGGGCACGUACAGGGCCCCUGUGACUGGGGACAAAAGCUCGACCAGAAGAAGCAGCUUGUCAAGGAGUGCCCUUUAUGUAGACAAGAGAGUCAAAAGGUUGUGGCGCUUGUUCAAGGCAAAGAAGCAGCGUUCCACAUCGACUCAGAAGAGCCUGGAUUCACGUUUAAUCCUUGCGGACACAUUGUCAGCCUGGCAACAGCAAAGUAUUGGUCUCAGCAUAAACUGCCUAAAGGAACACAGGAGUUCAUAUCGCGUUGCCCCUUCUGUGCGAUACCAGUGGAUCCAGCGAGGCCUUAUGUAAAGCUCAUAUGUCAGAACCUUGAGCCAUCCCGUGACGACUCCGUUUCCGGCUGA